AUGAUACAUAUUUUUUAUAAGACAGCCAUAUGUACUCUCUUAAUCUGGACAACAUUGUUUUAUUCUAAUAAAAAUUUAAAAUGUAAUUUUUAUUAUGAUAACAACAAUUUAUCAACAUAUAUUAUAAAGCAUGACAGAUUAUUGUCAGAAUUUCAAUCGAACUUUCUAGGGGGAGGAUAUAGUGCAGCUUUAAAAUUAGUAAAUAGUAAAAAAUCAGGAACAAAUCUAAAUAUAAGGAAUAAUUCAGAAAAUAACAGUACAAAUACAAAAUUACCAGCAAAUAGUAGUACAUCUACAAAUAUAAAUACAAAGUUAGCAGGAAAUAGUAGUACAACUACAAGUACUACCAAAGUAACAGAAAAUAAUAAAACAAAUAUAAAAUCAACAGGAAUCAGUAGUUCAACUAUAAAUACAAAUUUAACAGAUAAUGCUAAUGCAACCAAAAAAACAACAGAAAAUAUUAUUACAACUCAAACCUUAACAGGAAAUAAUACUACAAUCACAAAUACAUCCUCAACACAACAUAAUAAUAGUAUUAAUACAAAUACAAGUUCAACAGAUAAUAGUAAUACUAGUACAAAUUUAACCGAUAGUACUAGUAUAACUAAAAAGUUAAUUGGUAAUAUAAACACAACACAAGAUUCAACAGCAAGUACUAUUACAAAUACAACAUCAACAGAUAAUAAUAAUAAUACAAAUAUAAUAUCAACGGAAAAUAAUAAUACAAAUAUAUCAUCAACAGAUAAUGAUAAUACAAAAAUAACAUCAACAGAUAAUGAUAAUACAAAAAUAACAUCAACAGAUAAUGAUAAUACAGACACAAAAGUAUCGGAUAAUAAUAAUAAUACAAAUACAAUAUCAACAGAAAAUAAUAAUACAGACACAAAAGUAUCGGAUAAUAAUAAUAAUACAAAUACAAUAUCAACAGAAAAUAUUAACACAGACAUAGAUAUAGCGGAUAAUAAUAAUAUAAAUACAAUAUCAACAGAGAAUAAUAAUACAAAUACAAUAUCAACAGAUAAUAAUAACACAGAAAUAGAUGUAACGGAUAAUAAUAAUAAUACAGAUACAACAUCGACAGAUAAUAAUAAUGUAAAUACAACAUCAACAGAUAAUAAUAAUACAUAUACAAUAUCAACAGAUAAUAAUAAUACAUAUACAAUAUCAACAGAUAAUAGUAAUACAAAAAUAACAUCAACAGAUAAUAAUAAUAAUACUAAUACAAUAUCAACAAAUAAUAAUAAUACAGAUACAAUAUCAACAGAAAAUAAUAACACAGACACAAAAGUAUCGGAUAAUAAUAAUAAUGACACAAGUACAAUGUCAACAGAUAAUAAUAAUAAUAAUACAAAUACUAUAUCAGAAGAAAAUAAUUAUACAAACCAAUAUGUCUUUGCUAAUAAUGAAGAUGAAACAAGUUCAGAUGAUGAAAUAAAUAAUGAUUCAAAUAAUAAUUCAGAAGAAAAAGAAAAUAUUAAAUCAAUGAUUAACGCUUAUUUAGACAAGCUAGAUUUAGAAACUGUUCGUAAAAUAUAUUCAGAUAUAAGUACAUGUAUUGAAAAUAAAAAUAAUACCAUUAAUAAAGCGGCACAUUUAAAAAAAAAUUUUAAAAAUAUGUAUAAUAUAAUUAAAUUCAUAAUGGUUAUAUAUAUUGCUUUUAAUUGGAGUGAAGUAAUAUAUAAAUAUGCAGGAAAAUUAAUUCUAGCUUUUGCUUUAUAUAUGUUAAUUAAUUAA